AUGGAAUUGCAAGAAGCUUUCGUUGUCGCAGCAAGUUGUCUAGGCUUGUUCUCUGUUUGCAAGGCUCUGUUCAAGAUUGUGACAUGGAUUUGGGUCAUGUUUCUGAGACCUCCCAAGAAUCUCAAGGAUUAUGGAUCUUGGGUCAUCAUCACCGGCUCCACUGAUGGGAUUGGCAAGGCCCUUGCCUUUGAACUGGCUUCCAAGGGUCUCAACAUCGUCUUGGUUGGUCGAAACCCUUCGAAGCUCGAAGCAACCUCCAAUGAAAUCCGCGAGCAAUUCAGUGAUCCAAAAGUGGAAACCAAGAGCAUUGUCGUCGACUUGGCCAAAGCUACUGGAGGAGAGAUAGCUAGGAUCAUAGAGGAUGGAAUCAAAGGUCUUGAUGUUGGCAUUUUGAUAAAUAAUGCAGGGAUCAGUUACCCUUAUGCAAGGUACUUUCAUGAGGUUGAUCAGGAGCUGAUGGAGAAUAUGUUAAAGGUGAACAUGGAAGCACCAAGUUGGGUAACUAAGGCAGUCCUUCCAGGUAUGCUGAAGAAGAAGAAAGGAGCAAUUGUCAAUAUUGGUUCUGCUGCUUCUGAGAGUCCUUCUAUGCCUCUUUACGCACUUUAUGCUGCUACCAAAUCGUACCUUAAAAUGUUCUCAGAAUCCCUUCAUUCUGAAUACAAGCAGCACGGAAUUGAUAUUCAGUGUCAGGUGCCUGGUCACGUAGCGACGGAGAUGACAAAGAAUUCCAACAAGGCAUCUUUCAUGGUGAUGGCAACAACAGAGAGUUUCAGGAAAGCAAGCGUUCGAUGGAUAGGUUUUGAGCAUUUGUGUGAUCCCUACUGGAAGCAUUCUGUGCAGAUGUUCAUAGCACUUGCGAUGCCUGAUGCAAUGUGUGAUGCCAUCGCGUUUCGGACCGCCAGUGAGCUAAGAAAGGAAGGCCAAAUGAAGGAGUCGAAGUAUAAUAUGCAGUGA